AUGGCAGUCGGCGCGCUCCUGUUGAUUAAUUUUACGAUGGCGCGCCGGCUCUUCCGUCGCAUUAUGCCGAAGCCAGGAGAAGGACCGUCCGACGAGCAACUGCAGAAGGGCAAACUCGAGGUGAUCAAUGUGACCACCUCCGUACCAGAUCCAUCCAAGAGCGGACGCACCGUAAGCGUGCGCAGCACGCUCAACGCUCGCGGCGACGCAGCUUACCUUGUCUCUUCCAUUCUAGUCGCAGAGUGUGCUUUGGCUCUCGCUCUAGACCACGAUGCACUGCCCGCGUGUGCAAGGGAGGGCGGCGUGCUCACACCGGCGAUCGCCUUCGGAGGCGUUCUUAUCGAGAGGCUGAACCGCCUCGACGAUAGGUUCAGGUUCGAGAGUGAGAUUACUGUACCUACACGACCGUAG